AUGACCAGCUACUUUCCACCAAGUGACAGCGCCAGCAAUGGCGCCACUGCCCCGACCGCAUCAUCUCCAUUGUCCCCGCCAACGCAGCGCCCGACUGCACUCACCAAUCGGCUAACAACAGUUCUGUCGGCAUCGUAUGCGGACUCGGACAUUCGGGACUCCCUCGAGACUUUGAGCUUGAGAGGCAUUCACAACACCGCAGAAACACGUCGGCAACUACGACUAGAUGUACAGAAGGAAGUUGUCGAUUGUAAUGCGGAGAUUGUCAAGGACUUUGGGAAAGUGGCAGAGCAAUUGAGACGGAUCGGAACAGUAGUCUUAACACUUAAUCAGACAUGCGACGAUAUGCGCAAACGAAUCAGCCUCGCAAAGCAGGAUACCACGCCGGUACUCGAGGAGGCUAGCGCUCUGAUAACACAAAAGAAAGAGACCGAGACCAAACAACAGCUAUUGGAAGCGUUUUCGAAACAUUUCUUGGUUCCGGAAGAGGAUCUAUUGGUCUUGACAUCUGCCGAGGAGCCCGUUAACGAGCGGUUCUUUGACGUGCUAGCUCGUGUCAAGCAAGUACACCACGAUUGCGAAGUGUUGCUUGGCGGUGAGAAUCAGCGACUGGGCUUGGAGGUGAUGGAAUUGAGCACCCGGAACCUCAAUUCAGCAUACCAGAAACUAUACCGAUGGAUCCAGAAAGAAUUCAGGUCCCUGAAUCUAGAGGACCCUCGCAUCAGCAGUACGAUCCGCCGCGCUCUACGGGUGCUGGCAGAACGCCCAAGUCUAUUCCACAACUGUUUGGAUUUCUUUGCGGAGGCACGAGACUAUGUGCUGUCCGAUGCUUUCCACUAUGCACUGACUGACGCCGUUUCCGGGACCAAUGGGCCCGGCGCCGGUGAUCACACUGUCAAACCGAUUGAGUUCUCAGCGCAUGACCCACUUCGUUACAUUGGCGACAUGCUUGCGUGGGUGCACUCGACAACUGUAUCAGAACGAGAGGCUCUCGAGUCAUUGUUUGUCGAUGACGGGGAUGAACUCGCUCGGGGGAUCCAAGCCGGCCUAAACAGUGAGCCCUGGUCGCGUAUCGAUGAGGACCAAGAAGUUACCUUUGAUGGCCACAAGGCACUCAAUGAUUUGGUCAACCGCGACCUUACUGGAGUGGCUCGAUCACUGCGGCAGAGAAUAGAGCUCGUCAUUCAGAGCCAUGAUGACCCUGUUACUUGCUACAAGGUGGUUAGUCUGUUGUCUUUCUAUCGCACAACCUUCACCAAACUAGUGGGCGCCCAAUCGCACUUGGUGGACCUGAUUCAGAGCUUGGAAAAGUUCACCCUUGGCCACUUUGAGAGUUUGAUGCGCGACCAAAUCAGCGUCCUGGCGGGCGACAAUAUUGCCCUGACUCCACCUGACGACCUGUCGCCCCCACAGUUCUUGUUAGAUGCACUGGAAGACCUGGAAUUACUGAUGAAGACCUAUGAGGCUUCCGUCGGACCAGAGGAUUCAUCUCCAGAUGCGAAUGAGAACCCGUUCACUUCUGUCCUCCGGGCGGCCUUCGAUCCAUUCUUGACACUGGCCCGGUCCUCAUCAGAUGAACUCCAAACUACCACAGCGCAGUCCAUUUACCGCACUAAUAUUCUCCUUGCAGCCCGCGCAGCUGUGUCACCAUUCCCCUUUGCCAGCUCCACACACGUACCUCCCAUUUCUGCAGCCCUGUCAACCCUACGCAGCGAUCUUCUCGACACCCAACACCAAUUCCUCCUCGAGACAUCUGGUCUCCAAACGCUAUUAGAGGCCCUGGAACCUUUCUCUGACACUGCCGAAGACAAGACCGAGGAGCCCGACCAGCAGAAACCCCAUCUAGCCGACCUGGCCAAUCUCCCCGCCUUCCAACCAGAGUCCUUGAUUACAUCCAGUCAACAACUUGACGAUUUCCUCCCAUCUGCGCUUAUGGAUGCAACCGAUAACCUGAAGCGUGUCCAAAGCCUUUCCCUUAUUCAAAGUGUCACUGAGGAUGCAGUUGAGGCAUUCUGCCGUGAUUUCGAGUUCGUUGAAGGCAUGAUCAUUGCUGCGGACGAGGCUCGAGGAACUGUGAAUGUGGCCAUUGGAACCGGGGACAGUGUUAGUGGCCAGAGUGGUAAAUCCGAUGGCACAGAAGCGAGCGAGAAGGAAGAGGUUGAACAAUGGAGUUUGAGGUCGUUGUUCCCUCGAACGACAGGGGAGAUUCGAGUGUUGUUGAGUUGA